UGUUGAUGAAAACUCCUAUUACGUUUCUCCUUUUAUCAUUUCUACUACGUUCUGUCCUAUCGCAAGCAUCAAGCAUAACUUGCGACACUGAUGAGAUAGACGCUCCCCUAGCUUUUCAAGAUGGUGAUUACCUGAUAGCUGGAAUCUUCAACAUUGGUACUAUGAUGGAACGUCAAGAAAUAUCUCCAACCGGAGAGAUUGUAAAUGUUGAAUAUUGUUCCAGAGAAGAUAUCUCGGUUUAUGGCAUCCAGAAGGCUUUGAUGCUUCGUGAAGUCGUGGAGAAAUACUCCGAGAAGUUUAAUGAGUUGGGAUUUAAAGUUGGAUACAUUAUCUACGAUUCGUGCAGGAAUUUCGAGGUAACGACCAGGGUAUCAGUUCUUAUAUCAGCCAAUGAGAAAGUGAUCGGAGUAUCGGGUGUGGAUCGCAAAGAUUACAUGAGACGAUCUGCAGACAUCACCGCUUCCAUGGGCAUUCCUACCUUCAUCUACAUGUUUAAUGAUGCGCAGAUGAUGGAUGAUAACCAAUAUCGGACUCUCUUUUCUAUGAUUGAGACUGAAGAGACUGAAGCAGAGAUCACUAUUAAAUUUCUUAAAGAAAUGGGAUACAAGUACGUUGAUAUUUGGUAUCACAAAUACUCCGAGGAAAUGGCCACAUACAUUUAUGAAAACUAUGUUCAAACUGUUGGAUGUGGCCAUUUUGCAGAAGUCACGUCCCCUAUUGACAUACCGAGAAUUCAGGAGGCCUAUAACAAAACUGGAGGUGAUCCAUCAGAAGUACAGCUUAUCUUAUCAAAUAGCCUCGCCACCACAAAAAAGAUGUUGACUCAUAUGAUCUCCGAGCUCGGUUUUACUAAGAAAGUAUACAUUUUUGGAGUUUCCAAUGGACGAAAAAAAUUUUUAGAUGAGUACGUGUCGAUUCUUGAAUCUGACAACUUCUACUCCAUUGUUUUACCCCUUCCUCCUCUCUUGAACACAGACUUGGGAAUAGUGAGAACCCGUCUUACAUCAAAUUGGACCAGAUCCAAGGAUAAGAUGGACGAAUUAUACAAGGAUACCCAAUUAAGAACCUGCCCAGUGGUCGACUUUAAUGGUGACAGUAUAUUAGAUUGUAAAUGGACAGACUGGUUACAAUAUGUUAGCAGUGGUACCGAAGCAAUCCUCCAGUCACUACAUCGUACAUUAAAUAAUGAUCAAGAUCCCAGCGAGUGCCCAAAUAAAUUGAGGAGGAAGGUAUUCAAUUCCAUUGUAGAGGAGGACCAAACGAUCGUUGUAACCAUGAAUGAAGAUCUCGACUUGCACGUCUCAUUUCAAAGCAAGUCUGUCAACAUAGACUACGAAUUUGGAGUAUACCGAGCUCAAACUAAAAGUUACGAAACAGUUGGUAAAAUUCAUCAGGACAAAAUAGACAUAACAAAUCCUGGAGCUCUAGAGCAACUUCAUUAUCAGAAGACCUGCUCCUCAAAGUGCCAGCCGGGACAAUUCAGACUAUAUGACGAGCGUAUCGCUCACCUACCCUGCUGUUGGUCAUGUCAGGAAUGCGGGAACCACUCGAUAACCGUCGAAUACAAUGAGAACACCUGUCACAGUUGUAGUCCGGAGGAAACCUCUAACAGUAAUCAUACUACAUGUCUCACCACAAAGCUCCAUUACAUCACUCCGUCAUCCACUAUAUUUCUUUGUGCAGCUCCUGUCAUCGGCGUGUGUUCGGUCGCUGUUAUAGUGAUAUCGAUUGUCAUUUUCAGGAAUGAAGAAAGGCCCAUCAUCAAGGCUUCUGACCCUGGCUAUCUUUACAUGUUACUGUUUGGCUUACUCAUGGGAAUGGCUGCGAGUUUCAUACCCCUGCUGAAGCCAAGUCUCUGGUCGUGCUCGCUUGAAUACACCCUCGUGUUGAUCUGCAGCACCAUUAUAACUACCAAUCUUCUCUGGAAAUGCAUCAAAAUCUAUGGAAUAUUUGUAUCUGCUAAUAGCUUUAGGAAACCUAUGUGUGAAGGGUUCUUUAAAAGAGCCGGACAAACUUGGCUCAACAUUGGGACUUUGACUUUGGUAGCGAUUCUUCUCUUGAUUGAUUUUCUUACCGGAGAUGGCUUGGGCUGGAGAUCCCAUGAAUCCCAAAUAUUUGAUCACUCACAACGUUACUUGAUAUGCCAAGGAAAGAGUGACAAGUCCAUGGUCCUAACUACUCUCCCCCUAGUUGUGCCAACGCUCUACUUCAUAGCCACCCUAGUCCUGGCGUUCAAGAUGCGGCGCUUCCCUCACAACUUCAGAGAAACUCUCAACAUCUUUGGAGCUACACUUAUUGUCAUGCUGUGUUGUGUCAUGUUUCUCAGCGGAUAUAACCUUUCUCACCUCUAUCUCCGAGCUUUCCUCCGCACUAUCGUCAUCUUCGUAACCUGCAGUGCGUUCCUGGUCUGUUUGUUCGUUCCUAGGAUUAUCCUGCUGCUCCAAAAGGAUCCCGACAUUGAAGCUGAGAAAAAUGAGAUCAAAGCUUCAGUUCGGAGGUUUUCGACCAAAAAAGCUCCUAAAUGUAAAACUAGACCAUCCACAACCGAUGCUCUACCAUACUCACGCAUUGAACAAAGAGAGGCGCCGGCAAAUGCAUGAUUGAGAGAGAGCAUGAUUGAAAAAUACAAUUAUCAGCUGACAGUUGUCGGGAAAGAAAAAAUCUAGUGUGUUCCUUGAUUGAUAAACGUUGUUGUUAUUGAUUUGAUGAAUAGGUUUUUCAAUUUGAUAGUUAUAACUAGGCGGAAAGUAACUAGUUGAAGUAGUUCAGCUGUGUGUGACUGUGAAUAACAUUAACUCUGUCUGAUUUGAUGAUUUUAAAAUAUUGUGCAUUAAGACGUUUUAAACAAAUGUAAAUAAGAUUUAAGACUGCUUUAUUUCGCAAAAUAUCCAAAUAAAUUUGACCUUAAUUUUGUAUUUUGCUGUUCUGGAGACGCUUAUUUCAUUUAUUUGCUAUCCGCAACAAAGCCCCGAUUUGCUGUGAUUCUUAUUUCUUGGUACGAAAACUUCAUGGUAAAUCGGCGCUUCUGGUAAAUUGUAUAAUCUAAUUAUUUCUAGGAUAAGCGGUGGAUUAUUUAUAAAUAAUCCAACUGUAUACUUAUAGUAAUAUAAAACUGUAUUUAUACAAUUAAAAUAGUUCAACUUACUGUAUAAAUACAGUUAGACUGUGUUGAUCAUUUGAACUACGAUGUCGUCUUUUAUGAUUUGACUUAUAUGU